AUGGUGGAGCUGGGUGAAGCUGAGGAGGCGAAGUUGCAGCGCCUGUUGGCCACUGAGCAGCAGAAGGUACAAUUCAUGGCUCAGGUGCAUGGCUUCAUGGAACUGUGUUGGGAUAAGUGUGCGGAAAAGUCAGGAAAUGGUCUAGAUUCUCACACUGAAAACUGUCUCUCUAGUUGUGUGGACUGCUUCAUUGACACUACUCUAGCCAUCACCAGUCGGUUUGCCCAAAUUGUACAGAAAGGACAGUAG